AUGCGUGCUCUCAGCUGCCCCCCCGGCACGGGCGAGGCAAAGGAGCUGGCAGCGCAGGCAGCUCCGGACUCCCUCCGCUCCCAGAGGGCCCAGGACGUGUUUCGGAGGCUGGCGCUGAUCAGCGCGUUCGUGGCCCAUGCGGCGCUGCUUGGAGGCGCCAACAGGCCCCCCGUCUCGGCCCUGGAGCCGGUCGCCUUCGCCGCGCGGGCGGGCGGGGCGGCCCGGGGCCGCGGAGGCACGAACGUCGAGGGUCGAGCCGCCUCGGGCGUCUGGCCCCGGGCGCACCCCGCGAGGGGCCUGGGGCCCGGCGCGCUGGAGGCUUCCUGGGGCAGAGGGCCGCAGCACCGGGCCUUGCUGCCCCUUGUUGGACUUCUCAACCUCGAGGCUGCUGUGAAUCCGGCCGGUAGGAGCAGGUUGGCAGGCAAGGCGGCGCCGGCGUUGGCGGCGCCCGCGGCCGUGUCGGAGGCGGCGGAGCAGGCGAUGCUGACGGGCGGGCAGGACGCGAGCACGCAGGCGGCCGUCGACCGGGCGGCGGCCGACGCGCUGGCCGCGACGGCGGACGAGGUGCCCGAGGCCGACGCCGCCCUGUCGAGGAUGAGCCGGCUGCGGAUGCUGGAGUCCAGCCUGCUGCAGAGACAGCGGCACUCCGAGUCACGAAGGCUCGGCGGCGGCGUGGGUCCGCGGGGGCUGGUGUCCGUGAGGCUGCACCGAGGC